CUAGGCCAUCACGUCAAUAAGAGCAUGAUAGUAAAAUUAGUGUCACUCUUCACCCAUUAUAGACACGCUGGCUAACUCCGCUCACGGCAGACAACUUCGGCGUCUGGCGGAAUAUAAGGGGCAAGUCCAGAAGUGUGAAGCUGUGUGGCCAUGGCAGGGGGGUUGGCCUGGCUACCUAUCGUUACUUCCCUCACAUUCCCCUUCACUUUCCUUGUCACUUACGUGUGGGCGGUGAUGAACAACCAUGUGGAGCCCGACUUUCCGUACAUCAGCUCCACAGGUGAUGACCCACCCGAGAGCUGCUUCUUUACCCAGAUGCUCAACAUUAUGGCUCUCCUCUUGGGGUUCACAGUGUACGUGCGUCACCGUCUUAUAGUCGACUACUGCGCCAAGAACAUCACCAGAAAGAAUGUCAUGUCCAGGAGCAAAAUUUCCAUGUUCUUCGGCUUCGCUGCUUCUUUUGGAAUCUCUAUUGUCGGCAGCUUCCAGUCAAAAAACCUGGGCAGUAUCCACUUACUUGGAGCUUCUCUGGCCUUCGGCGUGGGCAACAUAUACCUCUGGAUACAGAGUGUGUUGUCCUACAGCCUGGUACCAUGGGUGAACAGUUUGGGUGUGUGUAGGGUGAGAGUGGCGACCUCGUUGCUGGCCACACUCAUGAACAUCACCACCGUCUUGUUCAGUGUCCUACACGCCCUUGCUAACGACAACCAAGUGGCUUACUUGACAAGGAACCAGGAGUGGAAGAACACGCGCAUUAGCUGGGAGUACCAUGUUGUGGCCACAGCAUCUGAGUGGGUCUUGGCUGGCUGCUUCUGUGUGAUACUCUUCACUUUUGCCCCUGAGUUCAAGCGGGUGACCAUCCAGGGGGUGUUGAUUGAGCUGGAGCGAGAUCGACGCCAGGUGAGGGAAGCUGUCAGGCCACAGUCCAGCAUCUGUAUUGUCGAGAACAGCAGGCUAUAAUACAAGAUCUUCCUUCUGGCCCAAUAUAUGAUUGGGUUUGUGGAUAUUUAAAAAAAAUUGUCAGGAGUGACAGGGAGCAAGUCUCUUGUGAUAAACUCUUCUUAAACUUGAGUUCCUAUGGAGGAGUCUGAAAACCCUUUGUAUGAUCAGAGUUCCUUGUAUAUACUAAUAUAAGUCUUUUUAAUGCAGCAUUCUCAUGGUGAUGAAUGAAUUUUAUUUUACAAUGUUAAUAUGCAGCAGUUAUGCAUUUCUUCACUCACUAAAGGUGAAGAAAUCUGUUGUACAUCCCUUGAAUAAUGCCACCAAUGUUCAAGAUUAACUUAUCAUUAAUUGUAAUCAUUGACUGGUAAAUUUUUUGUACAAACCUGCAGGAGAGGAGAGAUCCCAGCUGCUGAGAUCUGGAUUAUAUUCGACAAUGUUAUAAAAACUUAAUACAGUAAGAGUCAGUGUUCCCUUCUAAAAUCACUACAGUACUCACACUUUCUGCAUAAAAUAUCAUGCCACAUGACUGAAUGCAUGAAUGAUUUUUCAUAUACAGUAUUUUCACUAGUUGUUGUUGUUGAAUAGUAGAAAGAAUUAUGGCAACACUGCAGGGGAUAACUGAAUAACCAGUUGAUGUCUCCUGUGCAAGUCAAUGAUACUCAAAUUUUGUAUUUUUGAUGAAAUGUACAUAACACAAACAUUGAGUAUUUCCAUUUGACCUUUGGACAACAAAUAUAUGGAAUCUCUGUUUUACGUGAAACUGACUUUCUAAUCAUCACCAGCUUAUAUCAGUCCACUACUGAAGGCCUCCCCCAUACACUUCCCAAAUCUCUGCUUUAAGCCCAUUGAGCACCUCAAAACAUAUUAAUUUCAUCUAUCAAUCUACUGGCCAGAAAAGUGCAUGUGAUACAUUAUUCAUAUAUGUGUGAUAUAUCAUGUAUUCUGGAUUCACAAUGUCAAACUCUUGCAAUUUUGUAAUGUUCGACCACAUGACUAAUCAAAGUUUUGCCAUAACACCAAUAAUCUUUCCAUACCAAACAGUGAACAAGGUUUGCUUUUGUUGGUUGUUAACUCAUAUUAAAUGUAUUGUUGAAAGAUUAGUCACUAGCAUUCUAGCCAUGUCCUGAAGCAUACAUUAUUUAACUUUAAGAACAAGACUACAAUAUGCAAGAGUCCAGUGUUACCACCAUAAUAUUAGACCCAGAGCAAUUGUCUUAUACUUGUAAAAUUGGUUAGAAACCUUACGGUGGAUAAGUUUAUUCUCUUAAUAAAAUAAAAAACUUAUCUAUUCUUUAAA